CAAAUAACGCUAUCACUCUCUCUGUUCUUGGGGGUUGUUGACUUGUUGUUUCGUAUGAUAAAAAAAAGAGAAAUCCUUAAUUUCUACAAAAUCAGUCAGAUCUUUGAAAUACACAUUCGUCAAUGGCGUCUCCUAUUGUUGUAGAAGAUCGUCCAGCUCCACUCGAUGCUACUGCUGAUCCACCGGCUGUGUUCGACGGCACCACUAGAUUGUACACAAGCUACGUUUGCCCAUUUGCUCAACGAGUUUGGAUCACCAGAAACUUCAAGGGUUUGCAAGAAAAGAUCAAACUUGUUCCUUUGGAUCUUGGGAAUAGGCCUGAUUGGUACAAGGAGAAAGUGUAUCCAGAGAACAAGGUGCCAGCGCUUGAGCACAAUGGGAAAAUCAUUGGGGAGAGUCUGGAUUUGAUCAAAUAUCUUGAUAACACUUUUGAAGGGCCUUCCCUUUACCCCGAGGAUCAUGCAAAAAGAGAGUUUGGCGACGAGUUAUUGAAGUAUGCUGAUACUUUCUAUAAAACUAUGUAUGCGUCACUCAAAGGAGACCCCUCUAAAGAAACCCCACCUGUGUUAGAUUAUCUGGAAAACGCUCUGUAUAAGUUCGAUGACGGGCCAUUCUUCCUUGGUCAGUUUAGCUUGGUUGAUAUCGCCUAUAUCCCGUUCAUGGAAAGGUUUCAAAUUGUACUUAAUGAGUUUUUUAAGUUCGACGUUACUGCAGAACGGCCUAAACUAUCUGCAUGGAUCGAGGAAUUGAACAAGAUUGAUGCCUAUGCACAAACGAAAAUCGAUCCUAAGGAGAUUAUGGAGAUUUUCAAGAAAAAAUUCAUGUAAGGAAGCACUAAGAAGUAAGAAGUAAAGUGUACCAGACCAUGAAACCACCUUGUACGCAAAGGCCAUGCACUAUAAUCAUCAGCUAUUACUAUGUUCCGCAGUUAAUAGUCUAUAUCGAAUCUGAGUCUUAUAUGGGUUAUAUUCUUGCAGUAAUGAAGCACUAAGAAGUAAAAGUUUACCGGACCAUUGAACUACCUUGUACGAAAAGGUGGUCUUUGGAUAUGAAGUAAGAAUCAGAUGAUGCAAUAACAGAGCUUGAUCUGUAUUUUAGUCUUAAUCAGUUAUCAACCAUUGGCAUUGUUAAACUAUUUACACACAUUGUAUAAUAGUAAAAUACUGUUUAAACAAUAAUUUUGGAAUUAUAGUCACCGAACC